AGGAGCAUCUGCGUAUCGCUCUUCGGUUUUCUUCUCUAUUUCCUUUAUUGAAAAGUCAACUCAAGAAGCACCUCCGUAGAUUCCGCGCACCUUCCGCGUUAUGCUGCUACUGUCCUUUCCGCUCAUCAUUCAUCGCGGCCGUUCGAUUAGCUUGAAGAGUCUUUGAAUCGUUGGACGGCAGGAACUCGGCACUGUUCAAGCACGCUGAAUAGAGAGUUGUUGUGUGUUGGUACUCCAACGUCGAAGGGCUGAUAAUCUGUGGAGAUCACAGCAGUUGGUGGAUUGUGUUGUUUGAGCACUCCAUAGGUGAUUAUGAACGCGGAGCCAAGGAGAACCGAUAUGGGGGGCGUCUUCCUCAAUCUCUUUUACUGGCUUUGUAGGCUCUGCUCCGCCAAUUCUCUCGAGAUGGAAAGAGAAGAACCGACUCAUUCAGAAGAUCCGACAUAUGAAGCGUCUUCCUCAUCGACCCCUUCACAUGUAGGUGAUUAUGAAGGCGGAACCAAAAAGCCGAGAGGAAAUGAUUAUGAAGUGUUCUUGAGCUUUAGAGGGAAAGACACUCGCAAAGGCUUCACCGAUUAUCUCUAUACGAGCCUUGUUGAUGCAGGAAUUCAUGUGUUCAGAGACGACAACGAGCUCCGUGUUGGUGAGGAGAUUGGGGCGGAGCUUCUCUACAGUAUUACGCAGUCUAAGAUCUCAAUCCCGAUUAUCUCAGAGGACUACUUUUCUAGCAAAUGGUGCCUUCGUGAGCUAACUGAGAUAUUGAAGUGCAAGAGAACAAGAGGGCAAAUAGUAUUGCCCAUAUUUUAUAAAGUGAAACCCUUGCAGGUGCGACAUCUUACAGGGAGAUUGGGAGAUGCUAUCAAUGCACGUAGUGAGAAUUUGGACAAAAUGGUUGUGAAGGAAUGGGAGGAAGCACUUAAAGAAGUCAGUUCCUUGAAAGGAUGGGAAUCGGAUAAAACUAAUAAUGGGCAUGAAGGAGCGUUAGUUAAAACGGUUGUUCGAAAAGUUAUGGGUGAAUUAAAAAGACUUUUUUUGCUAAUCGUUCCCGAACAAUUAGUGGGAAUUGAUGAUCAUGUGGAACGGAUUAUGAGAUCGAUAGAUGAUAAAUUCAAUGGUACAAAGAUUAUUGGAAUUCAUGGAAUGGGCGGUAUCGGUAAAACAACUCUUGCAAAAGUGUUAUACAACAAACUCUCAUGUAAGUUUGAGCAUCUUAGCUUUGUGGCAAAUAUACGAGAAACGUCUCUACGCAAGGGCAUCGAAUGUCUACAAAACCAACUCAUUUGCGACAUAAUAGGAAGUUCAUGUGAUGUGUCUAAUGUCGAUGAGGGAAUCCGAAUCAUCAAAUCUCGAUUUACAAGUAAGAAAGUCCUCGUUCUUCUUGAUGAUAUGGAUGAUAAUUCUCACUUGAAUGCUUUGGCCGGAGACGGUAGUUGGUUUGAAGUUGGAAGUAUAGUCAUCAUAACAACAAGAAACAAGGGUAUUCUUGAUGAGACUAGGGCAAGCCACAUCCACCAACUCAACGAAUUGCCUUUGGAUCAAUCAUUGAUUUUAUUUAGUAGGCAUGCAUUUCGAAAGGAUUCUCCUCAGAGUGAUUAUAAAAUUAUCUCUAGCGAUAUUGUGUCAACUACUGGAGGGCUUCCCUUAGCUCUUGAAGUAAUAGGUUCAUUCCUAUGUGGAAAGAGAGAAGAAGUAUGGAAAGAUACAUUGAAGAAAUUAAACAAGGUGCCUGAUAAGAAAGUGCAAGAGAAAUUGAGGAUAAGUUACGAUGCAUUAGAUUACGAGGAGCAACAGAUAUUUUUGGAUGUUGCAUGUUUUUUUAUUGGAUCACAUAAACAAAGUCUGACUUAUAUGUGGCAAACCUGUGAUUUUUUCCCUGGGAAGGGAAUUGAAGUACUCAGUCUUUUGUCCCUAAUUAAAAUUGACAAGGACGGCAAUCUAAUGAUGCAUGAUCAACUGAGAGAUCUUGGAAGGGAAAUUAUUCGUCAAGAAAAUCCAAAAGAGCCUCAGGAGCGCAGCAGAUUAUGGAAUUAUGAGGAAGCCAUAGAUGUGCUUGACAACAACAAGGGCACCAGAAAAAUUGAGGCCCUUUGUCUUGGCAAGUAUGGUAUGGGAAGAAGAUACACAACUGAACAAUUUAAAGAACUGACCAACUUAAAGUGCCUUCAAUUUGAUGGUGUGAAUUUCACCGGAGAUUUCCAGAACUUGUUUCCUCAAUUAAGAUGGCUUCAGUGGAUGAAUUGUCCCUCAGAUUUCACAGCAACCAACUUUCAUCCAAAGAAAUUGGUUGUGCUCGAUCUAUCAUGGAGUGAGAUUACGGAGGACUGGGGUGGAUGGGGUCCGCUCAAGAUGGCAAUUGAGCUUAAAGUUCUUAACCUCACGGGCUGUCAAUCUUUAAGAAGAACUCCCGAAUUAUCUGCUUUCAAAAGCUUGGAAAUUUUGAUUCUUGACAAUUGUUGGCAUCUGCAAGAGAUUCAUCCUUCCAUCGGGGACAUCAAGACCCUUGUCUCCUUGAAAAUCAAUCACUGUUUUCUACUGGAGGAGCUACCGGUAGGAAUAGGUAGAAUGGAAGAAUUGAGGGAGCUUCACUUAAAUUAUACUGCCAUUGAAGAGAUUCCUAUUUCGAGAGGUUGUUUGAUGAAGCUGGAGACUUUGAGUGCCUCGAAUUGUGAAGAACUUGCUCAACUUCCAGAAUCUAUGAACUCUCUUGUGUCGUUAACUCAGUUGGACCUAUCUUAUUCAGCAAUUGAAAAAUUACCUGAAUCCAUUGGUUUUCUGAAGAAGCUUAAGACUCUUAAUGCCUCUUAUUGUAAAUCGUUAGCCCACAUACCGAGCUCCAUAGGCCGUCUAGCAUCUCUAGCUAUCCUUGACCUAAGAGAAUGCGGUAAACUUGCUCAACUUCCGGACUCCAUAGGCUCCCUCACGUCUUUGACUACACUGCAUUUAGCCAAUACAACAAUUGCGGAAUUACCUGAAAGCAUUAUGCAUCUACAGAAUUUGAGAAUUUUGGACAUUAGUAAAACAGGCAUAACAAAAUUGCCUCGUGCCAUUGGAAUGUUGGCAAAACUCCAAGAGUUGAGAGUUUCAGGAUGCGAAAAUCUGAAAGGACUGCCUAGUGACAUUGGCGAACUGAUUUCACUUAACAUGCUUGAAUUAGACAACUUUCGAUAUUGUGAAAAGCUUCAAGAAGUACCAGAACUGCCCUCUAGCUUAACAGCUCUAGGUGUAACCUGUCAGAGUCCGCCAUUACCACAUCUUUCCCAACUAACGCUUCUCAACAAACUCACUCUUUCUGAUUGCAGUUGGCUUGAAUGUCUCCCAGAGCUUCCGGUUGGACUAUCAAUGCUUUAUAUUACAGAUUGUGGAAAAUUGAAAGCGUUGACGAAUUUGUCAUACUUGAAGCACUUAUCUGAAUUGAUUCUCGAGAAGUGCUUAGAGCUAACAGAAGUCACCGGCUUGGAAGGUUUACAAUCCCUAUCCAACUUACAGUUACGGCAAUGCCCUAAGAUAUAUAGGCUUGGUGCGGUCAAAUCCUUGGAGUCAUUGAGAGGCUCGCAUCUCGAUGAGGCGUUCCUAGAUUCUUCAAAGUUAACGAUUGCAAAGGUACCUCAGCUUGAAGGAUCGCUAGAUCUUUCAAAUUCAAAGAUUCUGCAGGAAACAAAUGCUGGAAGUUGCGUGAAUUUAGUUGAAAUUCAAGGCCUUGGCGGAUCAAAAUCCUCACUAGCAUUGGAUAUCUCUGAGUGCACUUCCCCUGGACAAUCCCAAGACCUUUCAAGUUUAGAAUAUCUGAGAGAAUUACAUGUUACAAAUUGCACGAAUCUAACUGAAAUUCGUGGCCUUGAAGGAUUAGAACCCUUGAGAAUAUUGGAUAUCUCUGGGUGUACAUCCCUUAUACAAUUAAUGGACCUGUCAAAUUUAAAGAAUUUGCGGAAUUUUUGUGCUGCAGACUGCAAGAACCUAGUUGACAUUCAAGGCAUUGACGGAUCGGAAUCCUUGAGAAAUUUAAAAAUUUCUGGGUGCACAUCCCUUAGACAAUCACCAGACCUGUCAAAUUUAAAGAAUCUGCUGACAUUUGAAGCUACAAACUGCGAGAACCUAGUGGAAAUUCGAGGCCUUGAUGGAUUAGUAUCCUUGAUAGAUUUGAGAAUUUUUGGGUGCACGUCCCUGAGACAAUUACCGGACUUGUCAAAUUUAAAGAAUCUGCGAAGACUCGAUGCAGCAAACUGCAAGAACGUAGUUGAAAUUCGAGGCCUUGAUGGACCAAAAUUCUUGUAUGUUUUGAAUAUUUCUGGGUGCACGUCCAUUGGACAAUCAUUGGACCUGUCAAAUUUAAGGACUCUGGGAGAAUUCUAUGCUGCAAACUGCGAGAAUCUAGUGGAAAUUCGAGGCCAUGAUAGCUUUAAAUCCUUGAAAAUUAUGGAUAUUUCUGGGUGCACAUCUCUUAGACAAUUAUUGAACCUUUCAAACCAUAAAAAUCUUUCGGAUAUCUGUGCUGCAAAUUGUAAAAACCUAGUUGAAAUUCGAGGCAUUGAUGGAUUAGAAUUUUUGUGCAAUUUGGAUAUUUCUGGGUGCACAUCCCUUAGACAAUCAAUCAACUUGUCAACUUUAAGGUAUAUGCGGGGAUUCCGUGCUGCAAACUGCAAGAACCUAGUUAAAAUUCAAGGCCCUGAUAGAACAAAAUACUUGAGAGAAUGGGAUAUUUCUGGGUGCACGUCCAUCGAACAAUCACUGAAUCUUUGAAGUUUAAAGAUGCUGAGUAUAUUACAAGCUGCAAACUGUGAGAAUCUCAUUGAAAUUCAAGGCCUUGAUGUUUUAGAAUCCUUAGAAGGGUUGGAUAUCCCAGGGUGAAGGUUUUUUGCACAAUCACUGGAUAUUUCGAUUUUGAAACAUUUUUGUGGGCUGCAAAUCGCAACCUAAUUGAAUUUUAUGGUCUUGACGGGCUGGAGUUGUUGGUAAGUUUGGGAGUCUCUGUGCGCAUGACCAUUCAACAAUCACUCGACCUUUCAAGUUCAAAGAAUUUGAGGGAAUUCGAUGCUGCAACCUGCAAUGAUCUAGUUGAAAUUCGAGACCUUGACAGGUUAAAUUUCCUGGAAAACUUGAACAUCUCCGGAUGCAGGUCCAUUGCACAAUGACCUUUCAAGUUCAAAAUAUCUGAGGCUAUUAUG